AUGGCCUGCAGUGCAAUAUUUGUGUUGGAUUUGAAAGGAAAGGUACGUAUGAUGUCUUAAGCUUUUGACUUUAUUUAGGUAAUUAUUUCUCGGAACUAUCGUGGCGAUAUUGAUAUGAAUAUAAUUGAUAAAUUCAUAAAUAUAUUGGUGGAUAUGGAGGAGGAGGGAGUGCAGACUCCUGUCAUUAACCAUGAUGAGGUUACAUUCACUUUCAUAAAGUAUAACAACGUUUACGGUACGUUUUAUUUGUAGGUUUGAAUUUUUUUUAGUUGUGGCCAUAUCUCGCAAGAACGUGAACAUUGCUCUAGUGCAAUCUUUUCUGUACAAAAUGGUCAGCGUGUUUUGUGAGUACUUCAAAGAUGUCGAAGAAGAGUCGAUUCGGGACAACUUUGUUAUUAUUUAUGAAUUGAUGGACGAAAUGAUGGAUUUUGGGUAUCCACAAACUACUGAGGCCCGGAUUCUGAGAGAGUAAGGACUUUAUAUUAGCGAUUAUGAUUUUUCAAAAUGUGUUAUUCAAGUUACUUUUAGGUAUAUUACACAAGAAGGCCACAAACUUGAAGCUCCAAGACCCCCGAUGGCAGUGACAAACGCGGUAUCGUGGCGGUCGGAAGGCAUAAAAUACAGAAAAAACGAAGUUUUCUUGGAUGUGAUUGAGUCAGUUAACAUGUUGGUACGUUGCUUUGUAUUUUCAUUUUUGGUUGACCUACAUAUAACGAGUUUUGAUUUCAGGCCAACGCUAAUGGUACAGUGUUACAAAGUGAGAUAGUAGGGUCUGUCAAAAUGCGUGUAUACUUGAGCGGCAUGCCUGAACUUCGCCUCGGAUUAAAUGAUAAGGUCCAAUUUGAAAAUUCGGGUCGUAAGUAACGUUUUUUACAAUGAAACUGUUUACCGAAUUGCUUGAGGAUUUGAUACUUUUUUCGUUAUGAAGAAGUUUUAGCAUAGAGGAGUUUUAAAUUCAGUGUGUUGUGUCGGCUGGAGAUUUAAAAGUUGCUUGGGAGGCGUUCUAUUAUAUAUUUAUGUUACGGUUUAAAUUUUUGAUAAUGUGUGGAACAUAUUGUUUUUAAAAUUUUAUUUAAAAAGCUUUUUUAAGGAGGAAAGAACAAGGCGGUAGAGCUGGAGGACGUCAAGUUUCAUCAAUGUGUGAGGCUCUCGAGGUUUGAAAAUGACAGAACUAUAAGUUUUAUUCCACCAGAUGGAGAGUUCGAGCUUAUGAACUAUCGGCUGACAACUGUGGUCAAACCUUUAAUUUGGGUGGAAGCCGUGGUAGAGAAGUUUUCUCAUUCCAGAGUAGAGUUCAUGAUUAAGGUUGGUGUUUGUUUUAACAUUUAUUUAAUACUUUCUUCUAACUAUAAUGUUCAUGGUUUGAAUAAUAAGAUUUUAGGCGAAAUCCCAGUUUAAACGGAGGUCAACGGCGAACAACGUUGAGAUCGUGAUUCCAGUACCCCGCGAUGCUGACACUCCCAAGUUCAAAGCGGCUAUUGGAGUAGCUAAAUACGUUCCUGAAGAUAAUGCUUUUGCGUGGAAUAUUAAGAGUUUCCCGGGUGGCAAAGAGUACCUGAUGCGAGCUCAGUUCAGGCUUCCGUCGGUGGCUGGCGAUGAAGCUGAAGGCAAACGGCCGAUGAAGAUACGAUUUGAAAUUCCGUAUUUUACUACGUCGGGAAUUCAGGUACGUUUUCUGAAAUAAUGUUGUAGGAUUAAUAUAUAAGAGAUUAAAAAUUUGAUUAUUUGAUAGUUCGUAAAUUAUUGAGUUUCUAGGUACGAUACUUGAAGAUCAUAGAGAAAAGCGGAUACCAGGCCUUACCGUGGGUUAGGUACAUAACACAGAACGGAGACUGUCAAAUCAGAAUGGCAUAAUCACUAAUCGGAGCUGUAGAAAAUUGCUUUAAUUGCAUUUAUCUCACUCUUUAUAUCGGUCUCAUGCAUUUAUCACUUGGCAUAAUAAACUAAUUGUAUAAAGCUGUUGGUUGGCAUUUUACGUUGCAUCGUUUGUUUACUUAUGAAAAUCAUGAGUUGAAUAUCUGAAUUGUGAUUAUAUUUUUUAAAUAAUUGGUGAUGUUUAGUAUGAAUAACCGCGUUAGCCAAUUUCUGCGCUCAGCUUACAAACUUCAGAAUUUACGCUUUCAACACAAUACAAUAAACUCUGCCUUUUUGGGCAAUAUUGUAAAACAACAUGCGGAUAAUGGGUCCAAGUUUUUUUUGCCUUUGGGGGACGAGUUUGCAAUGGAAAAAAUAUUGGAGCCUUUGAGAGCGUUGAACUUGGAAGGCAAGGUUUAUAUAUUAUACUGUUUCUGUUUUGAUGAAUAUUCUUCCAAUUGCAAAUACAACAUUUUUCACGUUAAAUUCAAUAUUUUUUAUGAUUGUAGGUGUCAAAGUUGAGUUUUUAAGCGAUGCUCUGUCUUCUGAUCCUGAAAUCUUCAAGAAGAUCACGGCCAAUGGGAAAGAAGUUGUUGAUGUGUUAAACGUUCUUGUUGCUUAUUGUUCAUUUACAUUUGAGUCUGCGUUACGGUUUUAUUCAACGUAAGUUUAUUUUUAAACGUUUUUGGAUUAUUUGUUACCUAAAAUUUAAAUCUUUUCAGCAACAUCGAGUACUUGAGCGAAGUGGAUCCCCAUGAAAUGUCAUGUCGUCUAAAUGUCUUUACCAACUUUGGUGUUCUAGCAGGACCACAGUUGGGACGAAUAGUAAGGAAGACGCCAGCAAUAUUGUACAUGAGUACACCCGAAAAUAUGGCUGAAUUGGUCGAGAACAUUCUCAAUUUCUUCAGUCGAAAAGAGGUGAGUAAUCUAUUUUAAACAGUUAAAGGCGUUUGAAUAUUUAGCUUGUUAAUUAUAUUUUCUUCUGUGUAUGUGAAUACAUGUUUUUAGCUUUUAAAAAUGUUAACUCAAGCGCCAGAAAUUGUGCUGCAGCCUUUCGAAGAGUUGGAGAUGAAGUACGAGUAUAUCUUCUUCCACAUGCGAAUAGAAUCCACAGCUCUGGCAGAAAGCUUGAACUGGAUGAAUCUGAGUUUGGAAGAAAUCAUGGAGCGACACGAAUUUUUAGUCAAAACGGGCAAAUAUACAACACCAGAUCCGAAACGGCCUCAGUUCGAAAAGGUAAUUAACAGUAAUUUAAGUUGAUUUGGUCAAAAAUGUAGGUUAAAUAGUUUUGUCAAAUGUUUAGCUUUUUUUAUGGUAAUUUAGAAUGGCUGGUGUCAUUUUCGCGUUUCAAUUAAUAUAUCAGACUAUUGUUAGUUGUUUAAAACUUUAAUUAUUUGGUAACAUAAUUCAAUUUCAGGACAACCCACCAACCUACCGUAUCUUCGAUUCGGAUGAUCAGAACUUUGCGAUCCAAGUUGGAGGUGUAACACCCGAGGAAUGGAACGCGUUCAAGUGUAUAGGAGAUAUACAGCGAAUGAUGAGCGAGAAGGAACAGCCGUUCGAACGUGUGAAACCCUCGGUGUGGAAAGCCUACGAACGACGGCACAAAACGUCAAAGUUGGCGGAUGCGGUUGUGGAAUAA